AUGAUUCGCAGUAGUUUUGUAUUUAUUUUUGUGCUGACAAGUUUGGUGUCGGAUGCUGUCAGUGACUGCGUGCGGUACACGUUCGAACGAGAUUUUGAUGACCUGUUUACAACGGAGCUGGGUAUUUGCAAGAACAUGGACCUACCGCCAUGGCAGAUUGGAGAGUACAGCACCUUGGGACUGCCCAGCCCUAAUGAAUCAAGCAAAACAUUUAUAACACCUGGAGAACGAAUGAGUUGUAUUUCAUCAUUUCCCUUCCCAAUGAGAGAAGGCGGCACACUUGAAGUGAAAGUUUACAUUUACGAUGCAGCUCUUACUGACCAAAUCACAAUAGCCAUUAGUCAAAUAUUGAUGUCUGGUAACACAUGGGUAACUGGUACUUACGUGCAUUCACCUCUGGAGUCAAGUUUUACAACAGGCUGGUACACUAUCAAGAUGACAGUACCGGGUCCAGACACACAACAAGGCUUUAUCGCCAUAACGGGCCUAGCAUCAUCACCUAAUUCUAUAGUACUGGUAGAUUCAUUCCGAUACAUACCACCUGGCAUGGAUGAAUAUUUAUGUGAAUUCUACGAUCCUAUUGAACUGACUUCUACUCCGAUUCCAACCACUACCCCUGAACCAACCACCACUCCUGAACCCACCACCACCCCUGAGCCAACCACCACUCCUGAACCCAGCACCACUCCUGAACCCACCACCACCCCUGAACCCACCACCACCCCUGAACCCACCACCACUCCUGAACCAACCACCACUCCUGAACCAACCACCACUCCUGAACCAACCACCACUCCUGAACCAACCACCACUCCUGAACCCACCACCACUCCUGAACCAACCACCACUCCUGAACCCACCACCACUCCUGAACCCACCACCACUCCUGUACCAACCACAACCACCACCACUCCUGAACCAACCACAACAACCACCACUCCUGAACCAACCACAACAACCACUACUCCUGAACCAACAACCACGCCUGUACCAACGACCACUUCCGUUCCAACCAUCGCGACUGAAACAACAAUAGCUCCUGAACCACCCACCCCAGCUCCCACGCCAGGCCCCACAUUUAUACCAACCACUACUUCAACCCCAGAUUUAUGUCCACCUAAUGAAAAACCAGACUCCUGGUUUUGGACCGUAGUUAUUAUUGGCAUAGUAUUACUUCUAAACAUUAUAGUAUUACUUUUAACUUGUGUAAUAUUCUAUCACCUUGGAUGGAAGAGGGCAGUCGCAGCUGCUAUGAAGCAAGUCUAG